AUUUACUUCACAGCACAUACCAUCUCUAACCAGCCUACGCGCCCAUAACUUUUUUAUAUUUUACUCACAUUCAGUUAAACUACAGCAGUCAUAAGUAUAUCACAACAAAUAUUAUACAACAAAAGUCUACAAAAAAUGUGUCUGGAUAUGAACAGUUAUUACAAUGCACGUACAAUGUACCAUAUGAUAUUGGUUGAUACCAUUUUUAUAAUUGGCGUGUUUGCAGUGUGUUUCUAUUUCUAUGUAAGCGUGAUUAUAAUUUCAAGAAAAUAACCGAAAUUAUCCAAAAAUUAUAUUUUCUACUCUUACUAAUCUGUUUUUAAAAACGAUAUAUGCGUGAGUGUUUGUUGUACUUAGUGUCGAAUUAUUAAAUUUUGUAUACAUAAGUAAUUUCACUAAAAUGUCGCAUGGCCAACCUAAGCGUAUUAAAAUAAUUGUAAUUUUACAUUUAUUGAUUAUUUGCUUCAUUGGUAAGCAACAAUUCGUCGAUGCGGCUGGCCUGAAUUCGGCGCUGUCCGAAGCGAAGCUAAAGGAGAUCGCGAAAAUACGCAGCGAUCUCAAUGAGGCGCUGGAAAACGAGCAUGCGAAUACGCCGGCAAAGGGUGUAAUUGUGCAACCCAUCUGGCUAGCGGAGCAAGGUACAAAAACAAAUACCCCAACCAAAUUCAAAGUGGAGGUUACCCAGCAGCGGAUCGACGAAGUCAAGGCACUACGUGAAGAGAUCAGCAAGAGCAAAGCGCAACAAACGGAAAAUGAUCGGCAAGUCCAAGAACUCAUCAAGGAAUUCAAUACACAAGGGGCUGGACGCACGGCACUUGGUAAAGUCGUGGGUAACGCGCAGGACAAACCCAGUGAUGAAUUAGUAGGCGUUUCCGAGUCCAACGAUGCUGCGGAUUUACCGAACGUGGUGGAGGCCAGCACGCAUGAGGAACAAGAUUUCGAUAUGCGUAAGCUGCAACGGCUGGAGAUUUCCAAGCGACGCGAGCGUGAAACUUUAAUACUUAAGACUAUCGAAGAGGAUUUUAGCUUCGAUCUCGGCGAUGAUGUGCAGCAGUGGGCGCAUAUACUGCACGAUGGCAAUGAAUAUUUCAUCGGACGUCGUGUGAACAAUUUAUUAGUUGUGCAUAAGGAGAAUGCGGCAUAUCAGGCGGGUAGUGUAUUAGAAGUGGGUCAGCCGAUAACUUAUUUGCUCACCUAUUCUUUUUGGAAUGAUGCGCAAGGACAAACGGAGGGCGUAAUGCUGGUAGCGGCGCAAGAUCGUGUACUGUGGUAUCGUGUUAGUAAUGCUACGCGUAAUAUUGAUUUGUACUGGCAGUGGGUGGUGGGCAAUACCAUUACUGGACUCACCUACUUUACGGUCGAAAGCAAAGACUAUUUGAUUGUCUCUACAAAUCAGUCUUCACACACCGGCUUUUAUACGCUGAACAUCUACCAGUUUGAGCUCAGUUCGCGUGAGUUUUGGAUUGCGCAACGUAUGCAGUUGGAAUUUCCGUGCGCCGAAUCUACAUUGCUCGAUACGGGACGUGAUCUAAUACUGGCCGUGCCACAGAACAACACAGCCGCCAUAUACACCUUCAAUCCGCGUGCCGACAACAACGAUUACCUACGCUUCACACUCAAACAGCAAAUCACAUCCGAAGAGGUGGAGUCUGUGGCCGGUUUUCGCAUGGGUGGACGUAGUUAUAUAGCUGUUGGUGGCCAGCAGCCGCAGAUCUUACUCUACCAGCAAGGCGAACUUGUGCCCAAAACAAUAUUGUCGCAUAAUUUCGGUGUUGUGGAAUUGUUCUUUCCCGUGCCGGUGCGCACGUACCGCGACGAUCUCAUACUGCUCGUACAACAUCGUGUGGAUUUCAGCACGCAUAGCCUUACCGUGCUGGAGACACUCAUUUGGAACGGUGAUGCAUUUACGAUUAGCAUACCGGUACCAUGUAAGUUGGGCGCACAUACAAUUUACGGUGCCAGUUGCAUGUUGGACGUACAACGCGACGCAGGGCUCAGAGGUGCCGCAUACUUUCGACGGGGCGCUGAAGUGUCGUUAAUAGUGCCGCGUAACAAUGCCGAAUCGGGUCUAUUUCGUUUGCAUACAGAGCUGUUGGCGAAAAAUUCUGAGUAUUUAGACUUGCAGGAUAUCUACGCUUUCUUAAAGGAUUGGGUGCAGGAACAAGAUGAUCUAAUUGCGCAAGCGCAAGCUUUCCUGCAAACAACAGAGAAUGGCGUUGCACAGUCGCAGCCAGAUCUCUCUGAACUAGAGGAGCUACAAACACCCGAAUUCAGCUUAGACGCCGGUGAAGUUGGCGAAAUCUAUGUAAAUGAUUACCGUUGGACGGAUGAGGAUACACAAAUUGAUCUAGAUCUGGUGAUAACAGCCAUAGAGCAAUUGGAGGUGGAGAUAAAUACUGGUCGUCACAGACGUAAUGCGUUAACGGAUUCGCUGAGCUUUCCGCAGCUAGAAUUCGAUAGUCUGGAAGUCGAUGAGCUCUUUGUAGAGCAACAUAACGGUGCUAACUUCUAUGUAAAAGAUGGUGUGCUGGAAUUCGAAGGUAUAUUGAAUGUGCAUGACUUGAAAGUUCUGCAAAGUGUAAAUGCGACCGAGCCACGUGCAGCUUUCGAAGAUGAUAUUGAGGACGAAGAUGAGGAUGAUGGAUUUACUGCCAGAGAAAACGAUAGUUUCAUCUUGGAUGGCGAUAUAGAGUUCGAGUCAAUCAAUGGGAUGCCAUGGCGGGAUAUAAAAGAAAAUAUAGUAUUUAUAAAAGAACCGUUUGAAUUGACGCAGCUAGAAGUGGAUGGGGAAGUAAUACUAGAAGACAAAGUUUCUCUCAGUACACUGAACUCGUUGAGAUUUCCGGAUGAUUUUCUUUGGUCCAACGGUCCCACCGUUAGCGUUGUGCGAGCAGAGAAAACAUUCACAAGCACCCUCAGCACAAAUGCUAUGGACGUGGAGGGCUUACUAAAUGGUUUGGAUGCUUUCGAUGCCAUUACAUUACAGGGUGAGCAAACAUGGCGUGGCUUACCAACUUUUACAGAGCUCAAAGUUACUGAGCUGUUUCAGCUCAAUGGCACUACGCGUGGAAGAGAUAUUGACAAAAUACCGCAUAAUCCCACGCUAAAGGAUGUCAAACAUGUGGAAGCCAUCUGCAGUUUCAGGGAACUGCACGUGCUUGGUACGCUCAUACUGCAAGACAAUUACGACGGUCAACCCUUAGCGCCACUGCUGCGUGAUAUCGUGCAACGACCAGCUGAUCCAGCGACCAUUAUCAGUGUUAGCGCUAAAAAGCGCUUUACCGAGAUACAUAUGCCCAUAGACUUUGAAGUUUUAGAUGGGAAAGUAAACAAUAUACCGUUAUCGGAAUUUAUACCGGCGCAUACGAAACAAGAUUUGUUUAUACACAAUUUGCAUGCUUACGUCUAUUUCUCAAACCUUACGCUCAGCGGUCGCUACGAUGGUGUAGACAUUGCUGAGCUUACACAAAACGCGCUCAAGAUCGACGAGCCGCAAACGUCUUUACAGACCAAUUUGACAUUUGAAAAUACGCUGCAAGCGGAUACUGUGGAGGUCGUAAGCAGUUUGAAUGGGCUGCCUAUCGCUGAGAGCUACCAAACUAUAUUUGAAGAUAUGCAUAUACCCGUAGCGCACUUUGAGCAACUAAAUGUUAGGGUGGCUGAAAUAGAAGGCAAUAUAAAUGGUGGCAGCAACGUGAUGUUGGAUGCCGAUCAAUUCUCAUCUAGUCAAACUUUUGAGGAGCCACAAAUCGGUGACAUUUUUGUAGACGAGCUCAAGCUCGCACACGGACUGGAGACGGAUGAGAUACAGGGCAUUAACUCGUCUUUAAUAUGGAGCUUUCUGGAUGAUAUCGACGAGCUGCCGGAUAUGGUGUUAGACGGCAAGGUUCUGGUGGAUCAUGUUAUCGUCACAGGUGAUGUACACGUGCAUAAAUUGAAUCAGCAACGCUUUGAUGAGGAUCUGCAAUUGACUAUCAUUUGGUUGAAUCGACCCAACUAUCUCAGCAAUAGUCUAACAUUUGGUGCACCGCUGACAGUGCACGGUAACCUGCAAGUUGAAGGUAUUUACAAUGGCAUUGACUUACCCGACUUCAUCGCAGAUAUGGUAAUACGCGCACCCGCAAACGGAACAACACAAAUUCUGGCGCCGAAAAGUUUUACACAAAGCGUAUACGUCCAAGGUGACACUUAUUUGGAUGCUCUGAAUGGCAUACAGUUCACUGAUAUUGCGACGAAGAAGACUAUUUGCAACUUCCGCGGCUCCGUACGUCUGUUGGGUAAUCUCUACGUAAACGAUUUGGAAAUCACGGGCGCUUUGAAUGCUCAACCGAUGUCGGUGUUUAGCAGCGCGCUACGUUUUGAUCCCGCAGCGCAAGCGUUUAUCGUGCAGGGUGUCGUAAAUUUCAAUACACCAGAAGUGCAACUACAAGAUCUAACGGUACUUGGCGCGCUCAAUAAUAUGCCAGAUUUGGCGCAUUUCUUCGACGAAUUGAUGUACAAGGAUAAAGCUUGUAUCCUAAAAGGUCACAACACUUUCAGCGGACGUGUUUGCAUAGAUAAGGGCGCGUACAUACGCAACUUGAAUGGUUACAAUUUGCUGGCGCUUUUCGCCAAUAUCGUCUAUGUGAAUGAGCCGCAACCGGUGUUGAUCAGGGCGCCGCUCACUUUCAAAGGGCCGGUACGUGCACAUACUUUGCUGGUACGCGAGGAGUUCGUGGCCUCUACUUUGAAUGGUCAUGCAUUGCAAGAGUGGUUCACAGACACUUUGCGGCUCGAUCGUCCGCAGGAGAUAACGAAAUACCUCACAUUUGCACCGGGCAGCUUGAAUGGCAAUAGCUUCUACGCCAGUUAUUUGAAUGACAUUGAUCUGUCACAAGUCGUCACGCUUCAUACAGCUCAGAAUCUAACAGGAAACAUUACAUUCUCGGAACUCAACUUAAAUGGACAGAUUCAUGUAAAAGGCACGAUUAACGGCGUGGACUUACAGAAGGAAUACGAAAAUACAUUGAUGAAACAUGGCAACCAAGUAGUUCACACACCGCUUACACUCCAAUCCGCUUUGGUACGAAAAGCUCUCAAGACAAAUGCGCCAAUAAAUAAUGACAAGGACCUACAACAGGUGGCAACUCUUUAUGGUGAUCAACACUUUGAAUCACCACUGUACUUUGAAAAUGUAACGGCGCAGGAAUUGAAAACGAAACAUCCUAUCUCUGGUAUAAAUAUGGAUAAAUGGUAUCAGAGUGUGCUACGUGUGAGUAACAAGCCACAACAAUUGAUUACCGGCAAUUGGAGCGCACGCAUCUUGACUGUGAACUCGGGACCCACACUACCUAGCUACAUUACUACUGGACGCCACAGGCCAAAUAACUUCGGCGCGCUACUACGCAAUGCGCGUGAAAACGUGGAUUAUGUAGAUUUUUGUGAGAAGUUUAGAAUUUUGUUGAAGGGUCAGCUGAAACGCGGUUACCACUUGAAAUACUUGCAGCGAGGGUUUGAAUUAGACAUGCACGCAAUUAGUAAAGAACAGAUUUCAGAAAACCGAACUAUAAGAGCAGCAUUUGCGCUGGAUAAAGCUAGCGAUAACUAUCUGCUCAUAAAUACAGGUGAGCGCACGCAUAUAAUGAAGUGGCAGGCGCACACUUCAAAGUAUGAGAGUGUAGUCGACGUUGUGACGGGGCAGUUCGAUCAGGCUGUAGCGGUUGACGAUACCACAACAAUAACAAACACCUUUGACUUUGUAACUAAUAAUGCAGGCGUCGAGGGCACGCUCAAUUACUGGCGUCUUACGGGUACUCAGCUAACUUUGUUGAAGACUUUCGAAAAACCCGCGAUGGAUUUGUGGCUUUCGGCGCAUACGCCACCAAAAAUGUAUGCCGUAUAUGCUGACAUAGUACAUGGUUAUGACUUAGGGGAGGCGCAUACCAGCAGCUGGCUGCUGCCCAAUUGGAUGGGCAAUGACAGCUUCCGCUUUGUGCCGCAUCACUCGCAGGCGCUCAUGCUUGGCAAUGGCGAGGUAGUAUUGCUCUACAAUGAUGACACUGGUGAUGAUGGUGUUGAUACUGAUGAUGAAGAUAUGUUGAGUGCGCGCGGCAAGCGCACCACUUUGCCGCGUUACAGCCUGCCGCUUUACUAUCAGCGCGUACUCAGUCCGCAGGCUAUCAAAUGGAGCGAAACGGUGCUCAAGCCUAAUGCAUCUGAGCCGCACAUUUACCACUUUGCCGACUUCCGCAAUGUCAUCUUACAAAUACUAGAUGAUUUAGAUUAUCGCUUGCGGCUGGAGGUGAAUAUCACACAGCUCAGCAUACCGGAGACGGAUUUGCAUGAUGAACAUUUAGUGCAGGAUUUCAUUGCCGUUAUGCAAGCGUUACGUGAACAGCAAAUCUAUCCGAAUGCAAGUUUUGAGCAACUCGAGUGGCAUGUGCAAGAGUUGCCAGAGAAUCCUGCACAAAUUUUAGCCGCACGCACAGUGCAAAUCUUAUGGCCGAACAUUGUGGAUAUGGCGGAAAUACAAGGUUAUCUCGCGACAAACGCCGACGAAGCGGAUAUUACGGUAGCGACGAUAGUCGAUAAUUUGGGCACUACGGUACGCGAUGUGCUCAUAUUAGCUAACAGUAAAGACCAAGUUGAAGAAUUGAUCGACGACGAUGCAAUGGCAGCGCAUGCUUUGGAACUAAGUUUGGUUAUUGAGCGUGUACGCGCGCUACAGCGCUAUCUGAAAAAUACCGCGCAUACGCUUAGAACGCAGCUGUUGGAGGAGGCGGCGGUAGGUGCCACAACUAUAGCGGCAAGCGAUGACGAAUUUGAAGUGUUUGCGAGCGCAACAAGCGCCACCUCCGAAUUAGUACAACGCGCCAUUGCAACGCCGCCCAAUUUCAGUGAACUUCUCAUCGCUAAUGCUACUUGGUUGAAAUUCCACAGUAAAAAUUUACCAGCGCUUGGCAAGGGUGAAAUUUUACCCAUCACAGUGUUCACGCAACAAACGCCGUUGGAAUUGCUCGCGGUUACUUUGUCAGCGCCGCAACUUGUGGGCGCUCAUCAAGCGGAAAUAGUUUUGUACUUGGACGUUCUGAGCGGCACCCGCUUUCAAACUUUAAACGCGCGUCAACCGCGCUCUCUCAUUACAAUCCAAAUAGCUAGCGAAACUUUGUUGGCCUACGUAGAGGGCUGUUGCACAGUACGCGUAUUGAUCUACCGCGGCGUAGAGGGCUUUGUAGAGUUUACGCGCUUUAAAAGCGUUGAACGAGCAUUGAAAAUAUUUCCAGUUAUGCUGCAGGGCAGCGAUAUUUUGGUCACACAACCGCAUUUAGCUGUUGCGCAUGCCGAUCGCGUUGUAUUCUAUCGCUUUGUAGGCGGAGGCGUGUCUUUGCGCUUACCUACAAACUUUGUUUGCUCCUAAAAAAAUUUUGUAACUUUAAUGUUUUUGUUUAUUAUGUAAAUAAAGUAUAAAUUAUAAUUUUUUCUGUUAAA